GUUUCGAAUGGUGGAUGAUGUAGCUUCUCGAAUGGCCUUCAAGAAAACAACGGCACAACACGCUAUGACAAGAGCUGCUCGUUUUGAACUGAAUCAGUGGGACGAGAACACUUGGAGAGACGAUGUUGUGUUUUGGCGGCGAACUGGUUUACUUGACCAGCUAAUGUCUGAGAUCCCUGGCAGGGACAACUACAUGGCCGAUCUUGAAGAUAAUGCCUUUGGCAUACCCGCUGAGGGGAUGGAAACUGGAUCUGGACCAAUCAAUGCAGGAUUCUACCACAGAUGGUACAAAACUUCUGUAAACGACGCUAUGGGUGUUGGUGUGCGUUCGCGUGGUUAUUCUGAUAGUACCGUAUUUAUGGCAAUGACAAACCAGUCAAAGGUUGCCUCUAUGGAGCUUGAUGACGAAUGUACAGCACAUUUGGGAAAAAUCACAUGUAACCACUACAACCAGCGCUGGAGCUACGCCAUUCCUCUUGAAAUUAUCUACCUGACUCCCCUUAACGCGUGGAAUCCUUAUGACCUCGAAUACAAGGGGAAUGCAUGGACCCCCUACGGAAGAACGGUAGAAGCAGGUGGAAGAAAUGGCGGCACUGCACUUAAUAAGGCGUAUAACGGAACCAACAGCAAGGUGUAUUAUCUUACUCCACAGGAGUUUUUCACUGGAGAUACAAUAGGCAAAGACCCAGCGGAUACUGCGAAGGGAUCUGCAGGUGUAUUGGACAAACAAGGCGUGGUCCGAGCUGUUAGAGCAUCAGGGAUGCGUAUAUUCUUUCCCAAUAUUCCUGGCGUCGGAACGUUGCGGCAACGUUUGCCCAUAAUGCCUGUGCAUGGAGAAGGAAGUGCAGUUUGGAAAGAACUUGAAGCAAUCAAGGACAUUUUGUUUAAUCCACAAAAGUUCCGCCAUAUGUACCCGGAUGGAGGUAAUGUGGUGCCACCUGCUGAUGGAGAUCUUACGCUACAAGUGGCUUAUACGACCAGUGAUCCACCAGGACCACAUAGUCAUAUAGUGACCUUGACCGAACAACAGGCCCAAAACGUCCGGAAUGGGCAGUCAGUGGAUGUGUUCACAAGUCAAGACAACGGCCACCAGCACCAACUGACGAUCUCCUACCACUCAAACCCACCAACCUACUUCAUAGCAAAAUGCGAUGGGGUAGAUACCUGUUGGGACCGCCACGCACCGACGCUAACUGUUGUGUCGGCAUAUGAUACUGCACUUUAAACGAGAGACAUUGAAUUCAUUCAAGGUUCUACUAUCAUUGUCAGUGACUUUCUGAACUUUGAAGAUUUUAAGCAUAUGGAAA